AUGGCCUUCGCCCGCCCUGCCCCUCGCCUGCUGAAACGCCCUGGUCUGCGACCCGGGCCUGAGCCGCCUGGGGGCCCAAGGGAAGCUGAACGCCAGGUGGGCUCCCAGGAUGGCUCUUCCCGUUCUUUGCGCCGCCCUCACCCAGUGAGGGAGCCUGUGCCCACCCUGCCCAGUCACUUUCAGGGCCGCUGCGGAGUUUCCGCUGCCGUCUUCGGAUCCUGUGUCCGCGCGCAGGGGCUCCACCAGGGCGGGAUGGUGGUGAGAGUCGCUCUUGGUCCCCUCGCGGGGAGCAGGGUCUGCCACUCACCAGGGCGCACGACUAGGACUUGUCCAAUGAAUCCAUCCUCGCCUUUAGCUUUUAGUCCUUUGAAGAAUCCUGAGAAUGUAAAUCAUGAACUAUUUUUCUAUGGGGAAGUUUUGUUUUGUUUUGCAACAGGAUCUCACUUGGUCGCCCAGGCUGGAGUGCAGCGGUGCAAAAAUGGCUCACUGCAACCUCGACCUCAGAAUGGGGAAGAAAGAGAGGAAAAAUGGAGAGACACCAAGGAAGAACAAAAUCUACGCGGGCCCUUACCUCUCCAAAACGGAAGCAGCCCUGCAUUAAGUUUAAAGAAGGAGCCCAGCGCGCUUCAGCUUCUAUGGCUCGCGGUGACAGACGGUAGUGCCGUGUUUUACUCCCUAAAUGUAAUGGGGAUUCCACUGACGUCCACAAGCUCUGAGCUGCGGGCCUCCGUGUCCCUUCUGCUCCCGCUGUCUAAGCCUCGCGAUGUCCCCCGUGCUCCUUGUCCCCUCUUCGUCUCCGUCUUCGGUGUUCGGGGUCCCAGAAGCCGGGUUUUUACAGUGGCCGGGACCACAGGGAAAUUGCUGAAUCAUCCAGUCGGGAUCACUGAGCCUGCAGGGUCCCCUUCCUGGGCGAGCCUCGUGGCACCCAGCAAUCGGAGGCCCGGACCUCCCGCUCCCCCGCCUCGGGCUUCGGAACCUGUCUCCGGGAAAUCUCAUUUAUUUAUCCCAAGAUCUGAGCCGGAAGGAGAAAUCCUCCCGGCGGCCUCUUCAAGCACACGGCCUGGGAGCGCGGGUUCUGAUCCUCCUCCGCCCCGGCCGAGCUCCCGCAGGACCACGGGGAAGAGGAGCCUGAGCAGCUCUGAGGGGCGAGUCCCUGACGGUGGGGCUCCCCCUCGUCCCGUCAGAACCCUGCCCCAAGGAGAAGACGCCUUAGGACGCUACCGGAGUUAA